AUGAGUCAAAACGUGUAUCCCAACAGCAGAUUUUCCUCUAAUAGCAGAGUCCUUUCCAAACCCAAUAAGAAGCUCUAUCACGUUUGGAAGGGGAACAAUAAAUUUUGCUGUGGUGGGAGGGUGGUCUUUGGCGCAGAUGCGGCGUCACUAUAUUUAACUACAUUACUCAUAGGGGGUCCAGCAACAACUUUCAGUGUUAAAAUGGUUUUAAACAUCAGAGAAAAUGAUCUGUUUGGCUAUCCUGUACUUAUCAUAGAACUGAUCCUCACUGUUCUGGUUUUCAUUUUCCUCUUCUUGACAUCUGGUAGAGAUCCAGGAAUAAUCCCAAGGAACUCAACACCAUCUGAAUCAGAUGAAGCAUUCUAUAAAACUUCCUCAUCAAUGGAAUGGGUCAGUGCGAGAACACCAAAUUUGAAAUUGCCCCGAACAAAGGAUGUUACAGUCAAUGGACACACAGUUAAAGUAAAGUACUGUGAAACUUGUUCUCUGUAUCGUCCACCACGUGGUUCUCAUUGCUCGAUCUGCAACAACUGUGUGCAGAGGUUUGAUCACCACUGCCCAUGGGUGGGUCAGUGUAUUGGAGUGCGUAACUAUGGGUUUUUCAUCUUGUUUAUAUCCUUGACAACCUGCCUGUGCAUAUAUAUCUUUGUCUUUUCUUGGAUCAACAUCCUUCAGAAACCAGGAAGCAUAUGGGGUAUCAUGUCACGGGAUAUUCCUUCUGUUAUUCUAAUAGCAUACUGCUUUAUAGCAGUCUGGUUUGUUGGGGGGCUCACGGUUUUCCAUUUUUAUCUGAUCUGCACAAACCAGACAACUUAUGAGAACUUUCGAUACCGCUACGACAAGAAAGUAAACCCCUACAAUAAGGGGGUGCUGCGUAAUCUUAGGGAAUUCUUUGGCUCUAAAAUACCACCUUCAGCAGUGAAUUUCCAAGAAUGUGUGAUUGAAGAUGAUGAUCCAGUCAUGAAAUCUUUUAUUCCAGAUCUUGGUGGGGGCAUUAUGGGCUCAAAACAGAAUAUUGACAGAGAAAUGGGAAGCAAGCUUCAUAAGGAUGGUGAUGUGGCACUUCCAAGUAUAUUGCAGAAUCUGGAUUAUAGUGGCAUUGUUGAUGAAUUGAAGACGAAGGGGGUUGGCGAGGAGAUUGUAUUUGAUCCCUUUUUGUAG